UUCUUUAUGAACUAUAAGAACCGCCACUGUAACUCCUUACUGGGCGAACCCAGAAAGAAAAUUAAAAAAUUAAAUAGCCAAAUCCAAAAAGUAAAUAAUAAUUAAAAAAAAGGAGAAAUGGGUGAUAAUUAUGACGCCACCAUUGAUAAACCUCUCAAAUAAACGGAAAAAGUGCUUCGUUUUCUUUCUCUUUCUCUUUCUUCGAGCUUUAGCUUUAGAAGAAGCUACACAUUUUCCGAUGAGAGCCGGAGAAUAUAGUUAUUCGUCGGAGAAGUGAGUUUUUUCUUUAGGGGAUUCCGGCAUGACCGAAAAGGACGUUGUUCCGAGGACGUUUCGGGCGUUGGUGGAGAGCGCGGACCGGAAGUUCGCUAGGGUUCGUGACGUGCCUGCGUACGGAAGGGUCCAUAACCAGCACUACUUCCAGAAAGUGUUCAAGGCGUACAUGCGGCUAUGGAAGUACCAACAGGAGAACCGGUCCAGGCUCGUUGAGACAGGGCUUAACCGAUGGGAAAUCGGUGAGAUCGCUAGCCGGAUCGGCCAGCUCUACUUCGGUCAGUACAUGAGGACCAGCGAGGCUAGGUUUCUCGUCGAGGCUUACGUUUUCUAUGAGGCAAUUCUCAACCGGAGGUACUUUGAGGGAUCAAAAGGCUUGGGUAAGGAUCUGGGUGUGAGGUUCAAGGAAUUGAGGUUCUACGCCAGGUUUUUGAUGGUUUCUUUCAUCUUGAGCCGUACGGAUAUGGUGAACCAUCUUUUGGACCGGUUCAAAGCUCUCGUUGAUGAGUGUAAAGCCAAUUACAGGGAUACUAAUUUCAAAGAAUGGAGGCAAGUGGUGCAAGAAAUUGUUAGAUUUAUUAAAGUUGAUACGUCCUUUAUGAAUGCUCGACCUUUGCGUUAUUGUGCUACUUAUGAUUCUCAUCCAGCAUCUCUCCCGUAUGUGACUCGAUUUCAUGCAAAGAAGGUCUUGAAAUUUAAAGAUGCGUUACUAACAAGCUAUCACCGGAAUGAGGUUAAAUUCGCUGAACUUACAUUAGACACAUUUAGAAUGCUACAAUCUUUAGAAUGGGAGCCCACUGGAUCCUUUUACCAGAAGCGUCCACUAGAAUCAAAGGAUAAUGGUUCUUUUACUGAUCAUUCUGGGGCUUCUGGAUUAAUCGAUAUAAACUUGGCAGCAGACAUGACUGAUCCAUCUUUACCUCCAAAUCCAAGGAAAGCUAUUCUCUAUCGUCCUUCUGUGACCCAUUUAAUAGCGGUUAUGGCAACAAUUUCUGAGGAGCUACCUCCAGAUAGUGUUAUGCUGGUGUACCUUUCAGCCUCAGGGAAGGUUGGUCGUAAUGUUGCCCCAACGGAAUACAUGGGAGGGUCUCAAAAAUUAUCAAGAAACAAAGUCCAGGAGCUUAGCAGUACUCUAUCUCAUUCUUGUGUAAUUGACAAGGGAGAGUCUUCAAGUGGAUAUUAUGAUAAAUAUUUAUGGUUCGGGCCUAGAGGACAUGGUGGUUCAAAUAAUUUAUAUCCUGGAGAUAUUAUUCCAUUUACACGUAGACCUCUUUUCUUGAUUAUUGACAGCGACAAUAGCCAUGCAUUCAAGGUUAUACAUGGUGCAGAAAGAGGGGAGCCAGCUGCACUACUUCUUUCACCUUUGAGACCAUCGUUUAAAAACCCGUCUGAUGCGGAUAUAGCACAAAAUGGAAGUCAAUUUACAUUUUUCUUGACUGCUCCCCUGCCAGCAUUUUGCCAAUUGAUCGGCUUCUCAAAUCCAGCAGCUGAAAAUGAUGUUUAUAAUGAGGCUGAGGAAAUACUCUCCUCCGCUUUCUCUGAUUGGGAAGUUAUUCUACUGAGAUCUACAAAUCUGGAUUUGGUUUGGGCACAAGUUUUGUCUGAUCCAUUCAUCCGACGACUUAUUUUGAGAUUCAUAUUCUGCAGAUCAGUGCUCUCUUACUUCUGUUCUCCUGAAGAUAACGAGCAAUGUUUACCAACGUGCCUACCCUCAUUUCCCAAUUCAGUCUCCCCAGAUUCUAAAGUUGUUCAGAGUGCUGUUAUUCGGCUUGCAAAGCAUUUAAAAGUUGCUGACUACUUUCACUUUAGCGACUCGUGAUAAGAACCCAGAAAAUGCAAAUCCAUGGACCAUGGGUAUUAUUGACAGUGCAUCAGAACAAAAAAAAUGCAAAUUCAUGGACCAUGGUUAUAGUUGACAGUGCAUCUUUUCUGGGGUGAAUAUUUCUUCAGUUCAAGCACGAUCUAUAUCCCCGAUCAACAAUUCAGGAAAUGCCAUUGGUUGUUGAUGGAGGAGAUUAUUAGGCCAUCAACUGAGCAGGGUUGGUCCUGCUUGUUUUAUAUUUACUGCAUACAUACAUCCCUGCUGUUUCUUCACUCUGCAACUCUUGUAUUGUGGUGGCUAGUUGUUCUUUGCGGUUAGAUUGGUAUCUCGUAUUUUGAUAGGCUUUGGCGCCUUUCUUCAGGCAUUUCUUUCUUUCAUUUUUUUUUUUUAAUUUAUUAAUUAAAAUUGUUAAUACACUCUGUAAAAGAAAAUCAGGUAGUUAAAACCAAUUUAUGUUUUUCUGCUUUUUGAGUUGUAUUUCACGUUUUUUUCUUGAAAUGUUGCGUGUAAUCUUAGGUCAGAUUUUUUUUUUUUUUUGGAUAAAUUAGGUACCAAACUCUUGAGUUGUAACACCAAAAUUAGACGGACUGCUGUAGGUCUUUCUCGUGUAUAUUUUGGAUUUUGCAAUUAAAUUUUUUUUAGAGCUUCUUAAGUAAUUAAUGAAGCUUACUCUA